CUUUAACUUCUAGUUCAACGUCAAGAGAGAAGCCUCAAAUUUGCUACUCGAGGUAUCCCAAUUGUUGCAUCUUUCACUUUGACCGCAGAAAAUAAACAAGCCUAGCAUCAAACCAGAGAUAGUACCAAGAUCUGCGUACAGUCACGUUGGCCAGUCCUUCGUACAUUAUCAACCCCAAAACAUGGCGAUGACCUUCUCGACCUUCAUUAUGACCCUCGCCGAGACAAUACAGUCAGAGAAUGGACCUAACUUGGCCUAUCUUUUGCGCCCAACCAGUCCUCAUGGGAAGGAUCUUGUCAAGGAGUUUCGUAAUCCUACACGCGAAACACUGAUGUCGCGUUAUGGUGGAUGUAUUGAGAGCCCAUGGGACGACAUCGCUGUCAGAUAUGUUAUGGUCACGACACACAUCGCCCGCAAACGCGCCGGGGAGGCAUUCAAUGAGCAGUCGCAGCUUGUCUCCCAGUUCUUCCGUUACUUCAUCAACAAUACUGGAUGGACACUUCCUGCGCUGUUCUCAAUGUUGAGAGACCUACGAGAUCUUGCCUUUGAUGCCGACAAUUACGCAAAAUACAAUAAUCAGAAAAGCGAAUGUAUGGAGAGCGCUGCUGGCGUUGUUGUCAAGGCGUUCAGCAACUGCAUGACAGACAGAACUUCACCACCGAACGAAUCUCGCAAAUGGGGAGUUUACUACGUUGUCGGGCUUGUAUUAAAAUGCUACUUCCGGGUCAAACGAAUAUCGUUGUCGAAAAAUAUUCUCAGAGCGCUCAACGCUAAUCCCGAUAUACCACCUCUCUCAGAGUACCCACGCUCACAUCAAGUCACCUACCGCUACUACCUGGGCAUGCUAAGUUUUCUAAAUGAAGAUUAUAAUAAAUCCGAACAGGAACUAACACUAGCUUUUUACCAAUGCUAUAUCCCGGCACAUAGUAAUCAGGAACGAAUACUGACGUAUCUGCUCCCACUCCGUGUUCUCCGUGGGCACCUCCCAACCAGAGACCUGAUGGACAGGUUCCCCGUACUUGACGAGUUGUUCACGCCCUUCAUUGCUGCUAUACGUGCUGGAGAUAUAUCCGCGUACGAUAUAGCAUUGGACAAGUGGGAACGGCGCCUGCUCGAGCUCAACCUGUGGUUGACGCUGGAACGAGCCAGAGAACUAUGCAUCAGGGGCCUGUUUAGACGCGUCUGGGUGGCAACCGAUCAAAGCACACGGAUACCCGUCUCUAUGUUUCACUGCUCGUUGCGAUUAAAGGGGAUCGAGGUUUCGAUGGAGGAAGCUGAAUGCUAUGUUGCAAAUAUGAUUUACCAGGGAUAUAUGAGAGGUUAUAUCUCGCAUGAGAAGAAGAUGGUCGUGUUAGCUAGUGCCAAUGCCUUUCCCAGAGUAGCGGAUCGUUUGGCACCAUUAUCCUAGAUAAUAUACAGGAGCACAGCUAUAUCUUGUACGCGUGAUGUUCCUAUGGCUGUUCAUCAGAAUAUGUCAGGCUGGAGAAGGCAACUCGGGAGCUGUGGGAGGGGGAACAACAUGGUACAGCACUGCAGCCUAUGCACGACAUAAAUGGUGGCUUCUAGCAGUGGAUCGCCAGU